UAAAAUUGGUUAAGUAGGUUACAGCUGAGGUGAAGCUAAUAAGAAUAAUAGAAGACCAAAUGGUAUAAUUCAGAAUAGUGCAAUUUAGAGGGGCCGGAUGAUGGAUCUGGAGCUCCAGAAAGCGUCAAGGCAUGGGCAGGGAAGGAACGGCUGAAGCAGUCCAUGACCGUGAAGCGAAGGACAGGACUGGGGCGAUCCUGUGGAUUCAGGCCGAGAAAACAGUUCCUGCUCCAUUCGAUUUGAAGUUGAGCUGCCACAAUUUUGAGACUGUUGUGUACUGGAACUACAAGAACGUCUCUCUGCGACCACGCUUCAGAGUUCAAAUCUUAAAGGACAUCAAUAAUGCAGACUCUGAGACAACUGAAACAUCGUUCCUUCGUCAGGACAUUUCAUCAUUUGUCACACACAUUUAUGACAGUUACUAUGUGAAUGUGUCUGCUAUGAAAGAAUCGGAGAUUUCAACAUCUGCUGUGUCACCACAAUUCUCCUACCGCAAGGACUUACCAGCAGAGGUUCGCUGUACAUUGGACUUCCCAAACGUGACCCUAUCAGUCAAAGAUGGACAGAUCACAUUUACUUUCUCUCACCCAUAUCAAGUCUACAAAGACACCCCAAUGGUGAAAAAGCUUAAUGGAUGUGAAGAAUGCAACAAGUUUAAGUACAGCGUUUCAUACAAUGAGACGGAUACAUAUAACUAUGAAUGCUUGGAGGAAGUAUGCAAAGAAACCUUUCACAUACCUGGAAAUAGUGACCAGCACUGCAUCAGCUUAUCUGGAACAGAGCUGAAGAUAAACUCUGGAAGAAUAUGUCAAUGUGAGGAGACCCAGAUCAGUUGGAUAUAUUUCAUCUUCGUCUCUGUGUGCAUUGUGGUAGCCGGCGCUUUUGUGCUCAUCGUGAUUGGGGUGAUAGUAUUCAUGAGAACGACGAAGACCAUGCCAUUGCUCCCCAAGACCUUAGUCACUUUGGGCUUCAAGAAACACCCCGAGAACACCAUGAUGCCCAAGGACUAUAAUGGGCAGAUAGCAUGGCCCUUUAUCAGCCCCAAGACCCUAUUACUAAGCCCCAAGGAAGUGGUGCCUGCAGACAGUCCCAACUUAGCUGCACCUGAAGAGGGCUCACGGUUCCCCAUUGGCGAGGUGCACCUUGAGGAGUGGAGCAGCAACCAGGAGGCCACACAUCUCCUAGAUCUCAGGGAGCCCUGCCACAAAGUCUGCAGUGACCAGUCCAGACAAUGGGAAAUAACAAGGGAGGAGCCAACAGAGGACUAUGGCGGCUCCCCACCCUAUGGAAACUUUUCGGGGUACGACCGGCCACAGGUGCUGGAGGUGGAGAUUAGCCCUGGGGACAUUGUACACGGAUACGGACCACGUGACCAUGACGAUCAAAUGGUCUUCUAAAAUGGUCUCAAUUUCCACUUCUAUGCAGAUGACACCCAAAUCUUUAUCAGCUCUACAUCCACUAAUCAGCCACCCACUGCUUUCAUUGAAAACUCCUGGUUGCAACACAAUUUUCAUUCUCAUCAGACCAAAACCCCAGCUCACAAAACUACACAACUUCUCCCUCACCAUUGACACCAUUUACCCCAGUCUCCACCUCCCCCCUGGUCCGCAACCUUGGUGUCAUACUCGAUCCAUCCUUUGAAAAGCACAUCAAUAACACUGUCAAGGUUUCAUUUUUUCACCUGCGUAAUAUCUCCAGACUCAGACCCUCUCUCACCCAUCCAGAUGCAGAAAAACUCAUUCACGCCAUUAUUUCCAGCAGACUGGGCUACUGCAAUGCACUCCUCACUGGUCUUCCUCCUACACAAACUGCAACUGGUUCAGAACUCGGCUGAAAGAAUACUCUCCUGCACAUCCUCCCAGUCGGUCUCACAUCACCCCUGUCUUGAAAGAUUUACACUGGCUCCCAAUCACAUCACGCAUCACAUUCAAACUCCUCAUAGUUUAUAAAUCACUAAAUGGCUUUGCACCCACUUACCUCUCUGACCUCCGUCUCCCCUACCAGCCACCCAGACAGUUACAAUCAUCCACUGCCGGCCUCCUCACCGCCAUCCCCUCUCAGCGUCGUGCUUUUGGUGACCGCGACUUCUCAGUUGCCGCCCCCAAACUCUGGAAUGUCCUCCCCCCUGACAUCCGUACCUCAGGCUCACUCACCUCCUUCAAAUCAAGCCUUAAAAGCGACCUCUUUUCCCUAGCCUUCCCUUGAUGUCUGUCUUCCCCCAACACCCCCUCCUUCCACCACUGCACCACUGGUCCUACUGCAUUUUCUGCAUUGUAUGUUUUUUAUUGUAUAUUUGUAUCUUUUUUUUGAUAAUUCAUGCAUUGUAAAGAGUCUUUGAGACUACGAAAAGUGCUAUAUAAAAUAAAUGUAUUAUUAUUAUUAUUAAAAUGACCAACAACUGUCCAGCUGUCCUUAUCACAUCAAUAAGGGAGAGUAACACAGAGUUGACACGUGUACUGUGUUUGCCGUUGUUGUAUUCUACCUCGUUAACCUGAAGGAAUGAGAAAUACAACACCCUUUACUUGAAGAUCCUGGUGUAAAGUUUUUAAAUAUAUUGGGGAAUUAUGGAUCUGUUUUGACUUGCAGAUCAAAGUCAUGCAACUGCAUGAUUCUAGAUUAGGUUAAGCACUUUGGAUCUGGGGUUAUCCCCAGGCAUUGAAAGCAAGCUCACUUGUAGCAUCCCGAGAAGCAGUCGGGAGCACAUUGAGGACAUGGCUAAAUGUUUUUUGUUUUUUUUUUCCCAACAAAGCAAAAUGAUAGGUGUCAAAAUUUGGUUUUCAGUACUUUAUGAAUCUUACCUUUGCAAGGAUAGAACAACUCCAGUUGAAAUUCAGCAUUGGCACUUGGAAUUUAGCUGGGUGUUAUGACCUGAUGAGACCAAAACUGACCUGUCCGACCAGGCACACCAGCAGUGGGUUUGGUUUCAUAAGGCGGUGCUUACAUUGAAGGUUUGCAUGCAAUUAAACAGGUCCUGAUUAAAUAGCGUUUUGCAAUGACCAACAAAAAAUGUACAGAUAUAUGGAAAUUAUUUUUGUUCCACUGUUAUUUAUGUGUUAAUACAUUUUCUUCUAAGGUUCCAUUAUAUUAAUUAUGAAAAUUAUGAAUUUAUGUCCUAUGUUCAACAGAAAUUCAAUUUUCUCAAAUUUAGCAUAAUUAUGGGAUAUAAUGAAACUUUCUGUAUUUUAAUUUGUCUCUUUUCGUGUACUCUUUUUGGAAAACUUGUAUUGUAAUAAUAAAAGAUUUAAUGUAG